GGAAGCAGUCGCUGCAACUUCCGGGAGGUGCUUGUGUGCCUGGUGCGGGAGCUACGGGGCCCAGGGAUUGUGUUUGAAGUAGUGCUUCUACCAACAUGUCCCGUGGUUCCAGCGCCGGUUUUGACCGCCACAUUACCAUUUUUUCACCCGAGGGUAGGCUCUACCAAGUAGGUGAGUGAACCAGGUUCGCCUGUGGGCCACCUGAAUUGCCCUGUCAUGGUACGGCCUGGAGCGAGCAGACGCGGCCCGGGUUUAGUCUGGGGCCGAAGCUGGGCUGGAGCUGGGAAGGGAGAACGGCUGAGGCUGGAUUGAGCUCUGUGGUGUUUGCACCCCCGUCUGGACGCAGGGAUCGGGGGCCUGAAGGCCUGUCUCUGCAGGGCGAGCGGCCACACUGCGUAGACCCAAUGGAGAGUUAAGGAAGAUAGGGCUGUAAUGCCUGACUCCGGCUUCGUGAGGCCCCUUCAAUUAUUGUAUUCUGUCCUGGCCAGGCACAAGGUCUGUUUCUAAAGGGUAAUUGAUUCCUUAACGUCUCAACUAAAAUGCCUCCUCUCCGUUUGCCUUUGUUUGCAGCAUGGACUUCUGUGGUUAAUUCCACACAGGCACUCGAAGCCUGCUAUAUACCAGACACUGCUAGUCCUAGGAGAUACAAAUGUGAAUGUUACACCCUCUUCUAUACUGAAGCUCACAGCUUAGAGUGACAGAUACGUUAAACAAACGGAUAAAAAAAAUUAAAAGUGCCAAUUUACAAAUAUCUACAGAGUUCAAGACAUCUUUGGGAAUCUGAUAGAAUGAGUGACUCAAUUCUAGAGCUGCUCUUGAAAUUGGCAUCCCCUUUUUACCCACAUCUGUUUGAAUGCUCCUGUAAUUUAAAUGCCGAUUCUGAGUUGUAGAUGAGGUACUGUGUACUAGUUUACUGAAGAACACCUGUAGUGGAAAGAAACUAUCAGUUACUCGGAAUAGUAAUGUAUUGCGCUGAAACGGUGUCAAGGUUUAGGUUAUGAUUAUAAGCCAGACCCUUGACCUCUUACCAUAGAGAAUUUAGUGUCAGGAGGGCUUGAUUUACAUCUGGUCCGUGAUAGUUUUAUUUUUGAAUGAGUUUAGUGGCUCCGUGUCUUGCACAGUAAUAUAAUCAUCUGUGCUUGGAAUCAUAAGGAGAGAGUUGGUCUGUAAAUGAGGUUCUCUUCACCUGUAAAUUUUAGAAAUAGAGUUGAAGAUAACUUGGAAUGAAACUGCUCAGUGUAUUACUGCAUAGUGUAUAUAAUGUAGCAAGAAACAUCAUCUUGUUGGAUAAUUCAAUAGCCCUUUUAAUUUAUCCCCAAUUGAAAAACAUGAUUAAAGAUAGAACAAAGAGAUAACUGUAUCCUCAAAGAAUUUUCAUUUAUUGUAUUAAAUUCCUGAGUUUUAAAUAAUUUUCGUAUAUUAGACUACUGCUUUCAGCGUUCCAUUCGUGAUUUUUAAUAUGUGAACAGGAAAAGUCACUCUGAGACCUUUACUUUGUUUCUAUAUACUGUAUUGUGAAAUCCAGCCAUAAAGCAUAAUCGUUAAUGCUUCCCAGAUUUGGUGAGUGGAAAGGCUGAACACAGUGUCAUUGUGAUAGUUUUAAAAGAUUUGGAAGAGAACAUCUAUCUGAAAACAAGUUCAUUAUCUAGACAGAAUGAUUUUUUAUUUAUUUUUAUUUUUUUGAGACAGAGCUUCACUCUUGUUGCCUAGGCUGGAGUGCAAUGGCGCGAUCUCGGCUCCCCGCAAUCUCCGCCUCCCGGGUUCAAGCAAUUCUGCCUCAGCCUCCCAAGUACUGGGAUUACAGGCAUGCGCCACCACGCCUGGCUAAUUUUGUAUUUUUAGUAGAGACGAGGUUUCUCCAUGUUGAUCUCGAACUCCCAACCUCAGGUGAUCCACCCACCUCGGCCUCCCAAAGUGCUGGGAUUACAGGCGUGAGCACCGGGCCUAGCACCAGCCUAGACAGAAUGAUUUUAAUCUCUGUGAAUAACACACUCCCUCUGCUAUUCAGGGCAUUAAUUAGACAUUGUUAGGAAAAUGAAAGUGAAAGAGUAGUAUGAGCAAGCAGUAUAGUGAAGAGUUCAGGCCCUGGAGUCAUACGUGGAUUCAAAUCUCUGCCCUGCUCCAUACUACCUGAUCUGGGCACUUGCCAGAAUAUGCUUUUAAGGCUAUUAACCAGGGUGGCCUUACAUCAGUAGCUGUCAGAGGGAAAGACUGUGCAGUAAUUGUCACACAGAAGAAAGUACCUGACAAAUUAUUGGAUUCCAGCACGGUGACUCACUUAUUCAAGAUAACUGAAAACAUUGGUUGUGUGAUGACCGGAAUGACAGCUGACAGCAGAUCCCAGGUACAGAGGGCACGCUAUGAGGCAGCUAACUGGAAAUACAAGUAUGGCUAUGAGAUUCCUGUGGACAUGCUGUGUAAAAGAAUUGCCGAUAUUUCUCAGGUCUACACACAGAAUGCUGAAAUGAGGCCUCUUGGUUGUUGUAUGAUUUUAAUUGGUAUAGAUGAAGAGCAAGGCCCUCAGGUAUAUAAGUGUGAUCCUGCAGGUUACUACUGUGGGUUUAAAGCCACUGCAGCGGGAGUUAAACAAACUGAGUCAACCAGCUUCCUUGAAAAAAAAGUGAAGAAGAAAUUUGAUUGGACAUUUGAACAGACAGUGGAAACUGCAAUUACAUGCCUGUCUACUGUUCUAUCAAUUGAUUUCAAACCUUCCGAAAUAGAAGUUGGAGUAGUGACAGUUGAAAAUCCUAAAUUCAGGAUUCUUACAGAAGCAGAGAUUGAUGCUCACCUUGUUGCUCUAGCAGAGAGAGACUAAACAUUGUCGUUAGUUUACCAGAUCCGUGAUGCCACUUACCUGUGUGUUUGGUAACAACAAACCAACAUCAUGGAGGUCCCUGGAUUGAAAAAGGAGCCUCUCCCACUCCUCCUACCACCGAAGUGGUUAGGACUCUGUAUAAAUAAAAACAAGGCUUUUGGAAAAUAA